AGAACAUAUACAUUAGCUACUUAUCCAAGUGAUUACAAGUAUGGAAAUCAAAUAGUUUAUUUUAUUUCACUUUCUAGGAAAAAAGCCAACUGCUCCAAAAGAAUGUGUUUCUCUCCCAUUCCGGAAAUCAACAUGCAGUCUGAAUCUAACAUUACAGUCCGAGAUGACAUUGAUGACAUCAACACCAAUAUGUACCCAUCAUCAUCAUAUCCAUUAAGCUUUCAAGUAUCUCUCACUGGAUUUCUCAUGUUAGAAAUUGUACUGGGACUUGGCAGUAACCUCACAGUAUUGGUACUUUACUGCAUGAAAUCCAACUUAAUCAACUCUGUCAGUAACAUUAUUACAAUGAAUCUUCAUGUACUUGAUGUAAUUAUUUGUGUGGGAUGUAUACCUCUAACUAUAGUUAUUCUUCUACUUUCGUUGGAGAGUAAUACCGCUCUCAUCUGUUGCUUCCAUGAGGCUUGUGUUUCCUUUGCAAGUGUCUCAACUGCAAUCAACGUUUUUGCAAUCACUUUGGACCGAUAUGAUAUCUCUGUAAAACCUGCAAACCGAAUUCUGACGAUGGGAAGAGCUGUCAUGUUAAUGACAUCCAUAUGGAUUGUCUCAUUUUUCUCUUUCCUAAUUCCCUUUAUCGAGGUCAAUUUUUUCAGUCUUCAAAGUGAAAGCAGAUGGAAAAACAAGACACUUCUCUGUGUCAGUAGAAAUGAAUACCACACUGAGCUGGGGAUGUACUAUCACUUGCUAGUACAGAUUCCAAUCUUCUUUUUCACUGUUAUAGUAAUGCUAAUUACCUACACCAAAAUACUUCAAGCCCUAAAUAUUCGAAUAGGCACAAGAUUUUCAACAGGGCAAAAGAAGAAAGCAAGAAAAAAAAAGACAAUUUCUCUGACCACACAGCAUGAGACUACCGAUGUAUCCCAAAGCAGUGGCGGGAGAAAUGUAGUUUUUGGUGUAAGAACUUCUGUUUCUGUCAUAAUUGCUCUCCGGCGAGCCGUGAAGAGACACCGAGAACGACGGGAGAGGCAAAAGAGAGUCUUCCGAAUGUCUCUGUUGAUUAUUUCAACAUUUCUUCUCUGCUGGACACCAAUUUCUGUUUUAAACACCACCAUUUUAUGUUUGGGCCCAAGUGACCUUCUGGUAAAACUAAGAUUGUGUUUUCUAGUUAUGGCCUAUGGAACUACCAUAUUUCACCCUUUACUAUAUGCAUUUACUAGACAAAAAUUUCAAAAAGUCUUGAAAAGUAAAAUGAAAAAGCGAGUUGUUUCAAUUGUGGAAGCAGAUCCUAUGCCUAAUAAUGCUGUAAUACACAAUUCUUGGAUAGAUCCUAAAAGGAAUAAAACAAUUACUUUUGAAGACAGUGAAGUAAGAGAGAAAUGUUUAGUACCACAGGUUGUUACAGACUAA